UUCUCAUUGUUCGUGCGUGAAAAACUGACGCGACGAGAAUCUUGGAAUAAUCAUCUAACAAUCAAUUUUUUAUUUCCAUGUUACACAAUGUGUGAAUGAAAUAAGCAGUUAACAGUAUUUAGUUGUUUUCAUAGUUAUUAGUGCGUUAUAAUAAGUCAAGAUGUCAGCUCACACGGCCCCAGUGGAGUCGUUUGAUGAGUUUUAUUCCGAGGUGAAGGAGAUAGAGAAGAGAGACUCUGUGUUGACACCAAAACAACAGAUUGACAGGCUACUUCGGCCAGGCUCCACUUAUUUCAAUCUGAACCCUUUUGAAGUGUUGCAGCUAGAACCUGAUACGUCGCUUGAUGAGAUCAAGAAAAAGUACCGCAGGCUGUCCAUCCUUGUCCAUCCGGACAAAAACAUGGAUGACUCGGAACGGGCGCAACAGGCCUUUGAGAUAGUAAACCGGGCUUGGAAAACGCUGGAGAAUGAUGACACGAGGAAGAAAUGUUUGGAUAUCUAUCAGGAGGCUAAGGAACGCACUGAACAUAUGAUAGAGCAGAAGAGGAAAAAGCAGAGAAAGGAGUCUCGGCAAGCUGAGGGCAUACCUGAAGAUGAUCCCGACAAGUUCAAACAUGCUGUUUACGUCAUGACGAUGAAGUUGUUCGCGGACAUGGAGCGCAAGCGGCAGCACCUGGAGACGCGCGACCAGGAGGAGCGCAAGCGCAAGCGCGAGGCCGAGAUCGAGCAGGAGGAGCAGCUCAGCAUGGAGAAGGAGUGGGCCAAGAACUUUGAGGAAUCUCGACAAAACCGCGUCGACAGCUGGAAGACUUUCCAAUCGGGCAGCGGCGGCGAAAAGAAGAAAAAAAAGAAAAACAUGAUGAACUUCAAGCCUCCCAAACCCAAGCCUGAGAGCAGAUAACUUCCAGCCGUAUUAACAUUAGUUUUACUUUAGGGUAUUCCACUUGGCCAAGAUAUUUGUCUCAUGUGUAUUGCGACUCAUAUUUUUUAACCUUCCGUACGCUCCUGUCAAAAAAAUCUUAUUUCUAUGGUAACCCUGCAAGGGUUAUAUACCUAUUUGGCAUAUUCCAGUAAAAUGUAAGUACCACAUUGUCGCUUAACACAAUUACUGCCACUACUGCCAGACAAAGAGGAUCAAUAGAGGAUAGAGAGUUACUGUCAAAGUAAAAUAUGUAAUCACAGAGCAUAGACUGCCAUCUCUCGACACAAGCUUAAAACUUUGGACCCUCAGUUUUGACAAUUUGGCCCA